GUUAGCAGGAAGAUAAGUUUGAAGAACUCCAACCCAAAACUGGAAAGUAAUGUUACUUAUGAAAGUACUUUUUACUUAUAUUCAGUUAUGUGGCUCUGCCUGGUAAUGCUGUUUUGGAAAAACAUAAUGCUUAUGCCCUUACUGCCCUUGCCAAUACUCUACUACAUAAUAAAACAUUUGGGCACCUACUUGGGUGUUUGGCAUUAUAUUUUUGAGAAAUCUUGUGAUAUUUUUGAUAAAGUGAGUGACUGGUGCGUUGAGAGGCAUGAUGCUUUAGUUCCAGUGCCUAUAAGGGGAUUGUAUAAGUUUGAUAAGAUAAAUGUUACAGCAAAGGGUUGUAUCAAGGGCAGUAUCGACACAGUUGCUAGCAUUGUCGUUAUUGUUGGAUUAAUUGUCUUUUUGAUUACUGCCUCUAUAUUUACUGCUAUUCAGAUUUAUGCUGAAGCUAUAUUGCUUUUGCAAAUGAUAUCCAAUGCCAUAAACCAAACAGUGGUACAAAAUCCAGAGUUGCACCAACUUUUACCACCAACUUGGAAUGAAAAUAUGGACUCUUUAUUAGAUAACGCUUAUCAGUAUGGACGAGAAGGCAUAUCUACCGUAAAAAGUAUAGUAAAAGACGCCGAUUCAGCUCAAUCAGAAAAAUUGGAAAAACAAAUUUUGGAACUGUGGGACCGUAUAUAUCAAUCGUGGAUGAUGAAAAACGAUAGUAUGGGACCCAAAGUUACGGAAGACGCAGUUAUGACGUCGUGGCAAGCGUUUGUUAACGACAUACAGAAAUCGCCAGAAAUCUUUAACAUCAAUGGAAUAGUCGUCUUUGCCAAACAAAACGUGGGCACUCUGAUGUCACUUCUCGAAUCGAUAUGGAAAAUACUUAUAGGAAACUUAAGUUUAGUGGUACGCUCGUUUACUACAUGCGUAUCGAUCGUGUUAGGUGGUGGAACUGCCGUUCUUGAUUUCAUAUUGAAUUUGGUAGUGUUCUUAACAACCAUUUUCUACUUAUUAAACUCGAGCGAAAACAACUACAAACCGGUGGAGCUAAUGACGAGAUUCUCUCCAAGUGGCAAACGAUUUGGACACGCCCUAGAAGAUGCCAUAAACAGCGUUUUCUCAGCGUCUCUUAAAAUGGCAGCCUUUUAUGGCAUGUGGACUUGGUUUAUACAUAAUUUAUUUGGGGUACAAAUCGUUUACUUGUCUUCAGCAUUUGCCACAAUUUUGGGCGCCAUUCCGUUUUUGGGCACCUACUGGGCCUGCGUUCCAGGAAUAUUGGACUUAUGGCUGUCUCAAGACAGGUGGAUAGCCGCAAUUUUGUUUGCUGGAUUCCAGUUUUUACCCACCUCUAUAGUGGACACUACGAUUUAUAGUGCAAUAAAGGAAGGUCCUCCAUACCUAACAGGCCUUGCUAUAGCAGGCGGUAUAUUCUGCCUAGGAGUAGAGGGAGCUCUAAUAGGCCCUCUAUUACUUUGUGGUCUCUAUGUAGCUAUAGAUUUAUCUUCCAACCUAUUCAAAGAAUCCCCUACAGAUGAAACAUUGAACUUGGGAUUGCAUUAGAGAUUUAUUUUCUUUUUAAAUCCUGUUGUGCACUCUGUGAUUUAGUUUUUUGAUACUUGUAAGAAAUGAGGCUGUAUUUCAAAUAAAACUUUUUAAAACUUGAAA